AUGACGAGUCGUCGGGAAUCAGCUGAUUUCUGUAAACAAAAGAGGUCGACUCCUAUAUCAGCUGUUUGACCGAUGUAUAUAUAAUGUUGAUUUAUUACCGAAAGCUUGACUCGCCUUCGAGAUAUCCAUGAGUUACGGCAACAGAUUUAUGCUAUGUAAUCCUGACAUUAUCGAUAAAGCUCGUGAUAUUUCAUAUGAGGCAGGUUACUCAUAAGUGUCAGUGGCAUUCAGCUACGUAAGUGCGGAAUGUUUAAAAAGGAAACGGAUACAUGAAACCUCCCACAAAAGCCACGCCUUUUAUUGUAGCCUUAAGGGCAGUAGCGCAUAGUGGCAGUAGCAAGUUGGGAAAGGUGCCACUUUGUUCUCUGGCUGAGCUGAAACUUAGAUUUUUGUGCCCUAGUGAUUUGCCCGAGGUGAAAGCUUUGUGCCGUCAGUGGUUCCCUAUCGAGUAUCCUGAUGUUUGGUAUGAAGACAUUACAACCAAUCCAAGAUUUUAUGCCCUUGCUGCAACAUAUCAUACCCAGAUCAUUGGGUUGCUGGUGGCUGAAACAAAGCCACUGUCUAAGAUGAACAAGGAGGACCAAGAUAUCUUACCCCCAACUCUGAGCGGCCACACACAGAUUGGUUACAUCCUGACGUUAGGAGUAACUGACUCUCACAGAGGCCACGGGAUUGCGUCUCUUCUCCUGGAUAAUUAUCUGGCUCAGCUAACUGCCCACGAAUCACCAAAAGUACAAGCUGUUCUGCUGCACGUUCUGACCACCAACCAGCAGGCUAUUAAUUUCUAUCAACGGCGUAACUUUGUACGCCACACCUUUUUACCGUACUAUUACAACAUAAAAGGGAAACCAAAGGAUGGGUUUUCUUACGUGCGUUAUGUGAAUGGGGGACAUCCACCUUGGACGUUAUUAGAUUAUGUCCAACACUGGUUUAGUGCAAUAUCUGUGAUGGAAGUUUGCUGGUGGCCUAUGCGAAUCGUUUCCAAGUUCUGGGGCCUCAUUGCCAGGUCUGCAACGGCUGUCGUGACCCAUCGUCUCUCCUAGCACAAGCUGAUGGUUGUGAACGAUUAUGGUGUGCUUCCAGCUUGGACUUAGGUAAAAUUGCCGUUAACACAAGCGCGUUGUGUUCACUUAGAAGGUAAUGUAUCAGGGAGUGUCUUGAGGAACUUGCUUCCUCCAGGAAAAUAACACCUUCAGGUAUAAUUAAGCAUUAAAAGACAAAAUACACUUGGAUUUUUCGUCGCUCGGCAACAGCCAGCCUCGUCUUUCGUUGUUGUAAGCACAUACGUUUCACAAUGUUGUUCAUUUACCCAUCUCUGAUUAUGCCUGUUCAUUUUUAUGUACGUGAUUUGCAUUUUGUAGCAUCUUUCCCUUUGAUACAGAACCUAGGGCUCAUGCUGGUGGCUCCAUAAUGUUUCCAGUGUGAAUAGGACAGUUUUGGAUUUCUCUUCCCUGUCUUUGACAAUUUCUCAUAUAUUUUUGUAUUUAUUGAGUAUAUUUCAGAAGGCAACUUGGUGCAUGACAAAUGAAUUCUAGUCUUGAUUUAUUUUUAAAUUUCCUAGAGGUUAUAUAGAUGUGAGAGUGGAUGGAGAAUGUCGUCUAUAAUUGUGGCACUCUUGGUCUUGGCUGGCCCACAGUUGCCUGUUUACCGUUCGGCCAAAGAAGAGCUGAGCAGAUGAUGAAUGUUCAUAGUUUACAGUGCAGUGAAGUUUGAGAGAUCUCCCUUGUUGUGGUUAGCUUAGCAAAGGCAGCCUGUUCAUUUUCCUCUAUUAUAGAUGCUUUAGUUGAAAUGUUGAUACGUACUAAAUUUGUUGUUUUUCAGAUGUGUAUAAUUAUAUAAACUGUAAAUGUAAAUAAUAGUAUUAAUUGGUGUUGUAAAUAUAU